GCAUCUCCACAUUCAUCUCUGUAUGGUAUGAAAGAGCCUGAGUAGUUUGAGCAAUCGUCUUGACAAAUUGUAUAUUUGUGUCUAAUUUGAAAGGCGAUAUUCUUUACUUGGCGAUAUUCUUUACGAUGGAUAUUGGUGAAUUACUAUCGUACAAGCCGCCAAAUACUCCAAAACGUCCUGUACCAGGAGAAGAGGAUGAUGAAGAUGAAUGGGAGAAUACAAAGAAGUCCAAAAAGGUGAUCAAAACUCCAUAUCAUCCACGACAGAGGCAGCCCCGAGAAGUUGAACUGACUCCUGUGAGAAGCAACGAGCCUCCUACACCAGUUCGUGCUGCAUUGCCUGUACCAGCGAAUGAUAUCGUGGAGCCACAACUGACUGAAAAAGAAAAACAAGAUAUUUUAAAAUAUGUAGAGACAGAGGCACCUGAAGUAGAGGCUCUGGAUGAAGCUACGCUAAAGAGAAUGGUGCUACUGUUUGAGAAGAGAGCCCUUAGAAAUCAGGAAAUGAGAGUUAAAUUUCCUGAUCAACCAGAAAAGUUUAUGGAAUCUGAAGUAGAAUUACAUGAAACUCUACAAGAACUUCACGUAGUUGCCACCAAUCCAGAUCUUUAUCCUCUAAUGGUAGAAUUAGGAGCUGUACCGUCGCUCUUAGAAUUACUGUCACAUGAGAAUACGGAUGUGGCUGUGGGGGUAGUUGAUCUUCUACAAGAACUCACUGACGUAGACAUUCUCCAUGAGAGCCAAGAAGGUGCAGACUCACUGAUAGAUGCAUUGCUAGAGCAGCAAGUGUGUGCCUUGCUUGUACAAAAUUUAGAAAGACUGGAUGAGACUGUCAAAGAAGAAAGUGACGGUGUCUUUAAUACCCUAGCUAUUUUCGAAAAUCUUUUGGAAUUCAGACCAGAACUGUGUAGUGACGCAGGUAAACAGGGUCUCAUGCAAUGGCUACUUAGAAGAAUAAAAGCCAAGAUGCCUUUCGACGCCAAUAAAUUAUACGCCAGCGAGUUACUCUCAAUACUUUUACAAGAAACGCCAGAAAACCAUUUAUUAAUGGGCGACCUGGAUGGUAUCGACGUGUUACUCCAACAGUUAGCAUAUUACAAAAGACAUGACCCACAAACGGCAGAAGAACAAGAGAUGAUGGAGAACCUAUUCAACGUCCUAUGCUCAAGUUUAAUGGCUACUGUAAACAGAGAACGUUUUCUACGCGGAGAAGGACUUCAAUUAAUGAAUUUGAUGUUACGCGAAAAGAAAAUGUCACGAAACGGAUCCCUCAAAGUCUUGGACCACGCUAUGAACGGUCCCGACGGCAGAGACAACUGCAGCAAGUUUGUAGACAUCUUAGGACUCCGUACAAUCUUCCCACUGUUCAUGAAGACCCCAACGAAGAAUAGAAAGCGGAUGCUCACUGCUGAACAACACGAGGAACACGUAGUGUCCAUCAUCGCCAGUAUGCUAAGAAAUUGCAAGGGUCAGCAGCGACAGAGGCUGCUGAGUAAGUUCACGGAAAACGACUACGAGAAGGUCGAUCGUCUCAUGGAACUACACUUUAAGUACCUGGAAAAGGUUGAGGAAGUGGAGAAGAACGCUAAAGACGAAGAGGACGAGGAGGAGUCUUACCUAAGAAGAUUAGAUGGCGGAUUGUUCACGUUACAGCUCGUAGAUUAUGUGCUCCUGGAGGCGUGCACUGGGUGUCCACCUGCGGUUAAGCAAAGAGUCACUAGGAUUUUAGCACAGAGAAGAGCAUCUUUAAAGACCAUAAGGCAUAUAAUGAGAGAAUAUGCAGGAAAUCUUGGCGAUGCUGGCGACACUGAAUGGAGGGAGGCAGAACAGCAACACAUACUUCAGUUGAUAGAUAAAUUUUGAUAGUAUCAAUUAUCCUUAUCGUUAUCAGACAAGCACAACAACGACCUUUCUAUUUGGUACACUAAACUGAUACCGCAAUUAGCAAUUUGAUAUCAAAAAUUAAUUGGAUACAAGAAUAGAUCCAUGAUACAUUCUCAAGCCCCAUAAUCUUCCUUAAUCUCGAAAAUAUAGUGACGUCAUUUCCUGUAAUAUUUACCAUCCUUACACAUACUAUAAAAUGAUCAAACAAAUAUUUAUAAAUAAAUAUGCAGUACUUUUAAAAAUGA